AUGGCGGAGGAGCCCACGCUGCGCGGCUUCCUGCAGCUGGAAGAGGUGCGCGACCGGUACGUCACCGACCUGAACACGGAGAAGCAGCGGUUCUCGUACGCAGAGCUGCACGAGGAGGUGGAGAAUUUGAGGAGCUUCCUAAAAGGCAUCAACGUGCAGCCGGGGGAGGAAAUCUCCAUCGUCCUCUUCAACAGCAUCGAAUACGUGGUGAGCUUCCUAGGCAUAAACUACAACAAGAACAUAUGCCUUCCGUUGAAUACCAAUUUGAAGAAAGAGGAAUAUGUGAGGUACCUAGUGAAUAACUGCAAGUAUAUAAUUAUACACGACUAUGACGAGGACGAUGAGAAUUACGUUUCUAUGAAGAAGAAGCAUGGCUAUUAUAAAAAUGUGUGCCAGUCGAUUGAGGAGUUGGGCACCGAGCACAGCAUUGGGGUCAUCCGAAUUAGGAAGAACAAGGAGGCGCCGUUCUUCACCUACUCGUUGAGCAGGCCGUAUGGUGGCAACUCUCCUGAUGGGAUGAAGGGAGUGAUGGAGGAGGGCGGGUUGACCAAAAAGGGAAGCGACGUCUGCCUCCAUCUGCACACUUCGGGAACAACCAGCAAAGUGAAGAUAGUGCAGCUGACGAAUGAAAACAUCAAAACGACCAUCAGGAAUAUCACCAGCUCUUACGGACUGAACCAGGAAGACAACACAGUGAUAGUGAUGCCUCUGUACCAUGUGCAUGGCUUGAUUGGAGUUCUAAUGCCCAUUUUGCAUGCCAAAGGGAAUGUCCUUUUUCAAGUAGGCCACUCAUUUAGUGCGUCUGAAUUUUGGAAAAACGUGGUGCACCACAACGUUACGUAUUUUUCGGCCGUCCCGACGAUCGUGAAGAUACUGCUCCUACGGUACGAGAGCGACUAUUUCGUGGAGGGCGUGAAGGUAAAACACAAGCUGCGGUUCAUUAGGACGUCGAGUUCCCAACUGGAUGAGCAUAUGGAAAGGGAAGCGGAGCUGAAAUUCGAGACGAACAUUUUGCAGGCCUAUGGCAUGACGGAGGCAUGUCACCAGGUGAGCUCGAACAAGCUUAUCCUCACCGAUGAGAAAGACGUAGCAACUGUUAAGAAGUACAAAAGUGUGGGCAUUCCAAACGUAGGGGUGGUCAUAUAUGAUCAUGAGAGGGGAAAAGUGUGUAAAAGAAAUGAAUUAGGUGAAAUAUGUAUUAAUGGGAAAAACGUCAUGUUUGGUUACAAAGAAUUGAAGGACAAUGAAAAUAUAUGUGUUUAUGUAAAUACGGUGAAGGAGAGGGUAGACUACAUGGAGGGGAACCCCUUUUUGGCCAUUGGCGAAUCUGUUCCCUUUUUUAAAACUGGAGAUGUUGGGUACGUGGAUGGAGAGAACUUCCUCUUCAUUGCUGGCCGGAUUAAGGAUAUCAUCAACCGGGGGGGGGAGAAAAUCAUCCCCAACGAGAUCGAUGACGUGAUGAGGGACCACCCAUGGGUGUCGGACUGCUUAGUCUUUGCUUCUACAGAUGAGGUGUACGGCGAGGCCAUCCACGCGGCGGUCAUUUUGGACGAGAAGCAGUUGCCCUGUGGGGAGGCCCUCCAAGGGGGGACUUCGCCUUCCAGUACGCUUUCCCCCACGCUUACCAAGAGCACUACGCCAACCGCUUCCAUUGCGGAAAACGAAUUCAACGUGGAGGCCUCGCUGAGGCUGAACCUGGAGUACCACCACCUGCGGGAGGAGCUGACGGAGCACAUGAAGAAGCGGCUGGCGGAUUUCAAAGUGCCGAAGAAAAUCUACUUCGUGAAUCACUUCCUAAAAACGGACACGGGGAAAGUAUCGAGGAGAAAGGUGGCCGAAGGAGUGGACCACUUGAAAAGAGCCCCGCUGAACCUAUUCGACGUGCUAGCCUUAUGUCUGAAGAAGGCCCACCUGGAUGAUUACCUUUACGGGGUGUAUGGAAUUCCCCUAAACAAGGUACUUCCCAGUUUUGUGGGCAACCAAGUGCACUACAUAAGUUUUAGGAACGAAAUAAACGCGUGCCUGAGUGGCAGUUAUGUAAAUUAUUUUGACCAGCAGAGGGGAAAGAAAAAGGUGGGAAUGAUCCUAACGUGUUCGGGACCUGCAUUUGUGAAUGCCCUGCCAGGUUUGUACAACGCCAAGGUGAAUCACUUUCCGCUUAUCUUCAUAUGCUUCGAGAAUUUUACGGCUAAAAAUUUGACUCCCUUUGAUAAGCACCAGAAUUUCCAGUACUUCCCCCAGCAGCAAUUUUUGGCGAAGGCCAAGGAGAUGUGUGCAGGGGUAUUUCACGUAGAUUCGCCGGAUGCCUUUCCGGAGCAGUUCUUCACUUGUUUGGAGACAUGCAUACGGAUGAAGUCUCCCGUUUAUUUAAACCUAAGUUAUCACCUAAUCGGGGAGGAAGUCACCCUUGACGGGGCUAUGCACCUAUUGGAUGUUAGUGAAUGCCACGCGCGGAGGUACCACCAGCCGCUGAGCGUGGAGAAGGGCCUAAUCACUCUCUCCAAAGAGGAAGACCAAAAAGUGCACAACCUGUUGCAGCUAUUUUGUAGAAUAUACCAGAGUAACAAGAAGGGGGUGAUCUUCCUAGGCACCAACUGUAACCAUGGCGUUAAGUACGUUCUGAAGAUGUCUCACUUGUUGCGGAUACCAAUCUACACGAGCACCAUGGGAAAAUGCUUUGUUAAGGAAAAUUACCUGUACAAUGCUAAUCAGUGUAAGUCGUUCCUCUUCGAAAAUUUGGACUUCUGCUUCUCCUUUGGGACUCUCUUCAAUUUUUAUUUUAACUUUGGGAACUUCCCACAGUGUAAGAAGGAGAACAUGCUUUGCGUAGAUUUGACGAAUGAUGUGUUUGACCCUCGUGUGGAUUCCCACUGCGAGCACUUUUUCUUCUGCGAUUUGUACCCAGUUGUGAAGAAGUUGUAUUUCGCCCUCAAAAAAGGGGGGGCCCUCCCCAUUGAUGUGGACGCGCGAAUGAGCUGGGUAACCGCCAUCCAAGAGGCGAAACAGAAGAGCAUACAUAAAGUUUGCAGCCAAGUGGCCACUGAGCACUUCGUUUCUGAGCUGUUUACCAUGGAGCAGGUCAUGCUUAUCCUGAGACACUUCCUGCUGGAUUAUUUCUUCGCCCAAAAUGAAAUUCCAGCGACGUACAGGCGGUACUUCAUCGAUUAUUUUAAGUACGUGAACCGGGCGCAGCUGUGUGGGGUGCUUCCCGGGAUGCUGCCUCAUGGGGAGGGCGAAGCGGACCUGGGCGCGCCGCCAAGCGACUGCGACUUGAGUGAUAGCAGCUCGGAGGAGGGGGACAACAGCGCGGGUGGGCCCGCCCUCCAAAGGAAGCGUAAACCUGGGGAGAGCAAAAAGGGGAAGUUCCUCAACCAGGAAAUUAAAAAAAGAGUCGUGAUCACCAACGAAGGGUCCAUCACGCUACACCUGGGAAUAUUAUUUUUGCCCCAACUGGGGCCCUACAAUUUCGUAAUUCCGCAGAUAAAUGGAAUGAUGGGUGUAUCAAUGAACGCAGCGAUUUGUGGCGCUCUGAACGAUCGGGAAAAUGUCGUUUUCGCAAUUUUGGGAGAUUCCUCCUUUGGCUUUACUUCCAACGAAGUAGAAACCAUUUGCCGCUUCAAGUUAAAAGUUGUUCUUAUCAUUUUAAAUAACAACGGCAUAUACGGUGAUCGGGACAUCCAAACGAAGGGACCCCAUUUGGAAGAGGUGAACAAGGAUGCCCAUUUUUUUCUUCAAAAUCCCUCCGCUCUUUACCAUUUUAGCAAGUACGAAAAUUAUGUGACUGCCCACGGGGGGUAUGGUCGCUAUGUGGAUAAUCGGGAGGACCUCAUCCAGCAGCUCAGGCACGUCACGAGCGAAAGUUUUAACUCCUUCCCGGUGCUGCUGAACGUCAUCGUGGGGGAGGCCCACUCGGUUAAGUUUGACGUGGACAGGUAUAUACGGUGAGGGAGGCGCGAUGGGAUGAGUUCAUUUAUUUUUCCACCCCCCAAGCGGCGAGUUAAGCGGCUCAUGAGCGACCCGCCUGUGCAACGAUGACUCAGUGCGCUCAUUUAUACAUGCACCUGUAUGGCUAUCCCCUUUUUGCCGUUUACUUUUUCCCCGGACGAGGCCACAUGCACACGCUUAUCUCUGCAUGCGUGAGCGAGCAUCCCCCUGCAUGCAAUUUUUAAAAUUAAAUGAUGCACCCCCGUUUGGAGCGGCUCCCCGCC